AUGGCGGAUUGGUCCAUCCUCCCCACCGAGCUCCUCAAUCUCAUCUCCCAACGCCUCCCCGCCUCGAUCGACCUCCUCCGCUUCCGCUCCGUCUGCGCCACCUGGCGCGCCGCCGCGCCUCCCCCGCCAUCCGCCGCCGAGCGCUUCCCCAUACUCCCUAACUCCGGCAUCUCCGACACCAGCUGGGGCUUCCACCUCUCCAAACGCACUAUCUAUUCCCUCCAAUCUCCGUUCACAGACGAUCCCGCAUGGAUCGUCAAGCUCGAACGGGACAACCCGGCCCGGAUGCAUCUCCUCAAUCCGCUCGCUCGGUCGCAAUUCAAGCCUCUGCCCGAUAAUUUCCCAAGGACGUUCAGUUUCUAUGAUCUUAGGGUUAAGGAGUUAGGCGAAGAAUAUGCUCUUCAGUACAUCAAUUUUAGACCUACGGCGACUUCGAUUGGGGAGGCGGGGAAUCUCUAUAUGGAAAAAGUUGCCGUCUCGAAUAAUCCUGGCGGUGGAUUCACGCUUUUGACGAUUCACGUUUCCGGUAAAUUGGUGGUCUUCAAAUCGGGCAAUGAGAAAUGGAUGGUGAUUGAUGAUCUGCCUUCGCCGUACGAUGAUGUGAUUUUCAGGGAAGGCGGAUUUUAUGCCGUGGACCACACUGGACGGCUUGUUCUCGUCAACAUUUCUGAUUUGAACGUGACACUGGUUGCAAGCCCGAUUUUUGGUGGCGAUAAGAAGUUUCUUGUGGACUCGAAUGGAGAACUCUUGUUGGUUGAUAUGUAUCUGAGUGUGGGACCAGCAGACGACUUGGGAUUCAAUGAGGGAUUCGAGUUUUACGAGGAGUUCGAUUGUUUUAUGAGUGAGAGGACUGUGAAGUUCAAAGUUUUCAAAUUGGACGACGAUGCAGGGAAAUGGCUAGAGAUGACUGAUUUGAAGGAGAGGAUGUUGUUUUUGGGUGAUAACUGUACUUUCUGGACGUCGAGUUUGGAAAUCUUCGGGGAGGAUAAGUUUACGGGGAACUGUAUAUUUUUCGCUGAUCAGUAUUCUAAUGGUGAGAGUGAUGGAGAAUGGAAGAGUCGUGGUCUUGGAGUGUUUGAUUUGGAGAGUGGAAGUAUUGGGCCGAUUGGUGCUCACGCUGGUUAUUCGAAGAUGUUUUGGCCACCUCCCGAUUGGAUUUUUUCGAUGGAAGCUAUAGAGGGUGGGAUGAAUAGACUUAAUAUUUAA